CUUCUUCCCCGUUUUCGGUACAGAAGACAGUCAGCAAGCAACAGUGGUUUAGCUACAAGUAUUGAACCUGUGACUGAAGUCAACAUUAUAUAACAUAUUUGGUUUACAUGUGUCUUGUGGAGGCAUUUAAGUUAAUAUCCGGACCACAUGGACAAGACUGAGUGUCAAAUAGUUGGAGCUUGGUUUGGGUAGACAGAUUCAUAGCUACCCUGCUAACCAGAGUGGACGAAGGGAAGAUAAGCUAAGGCAUUUUCGAGUCAACCUGCCUGGUUAACGUUAACUACGUGUACGUGUUAUCUGUCUACGGCAGUUAGCUAGCUAAGUUACUCGCCAGAAUCAUCGAAAUACUAACUACAAUCCGCAACAUUACCAGCAGUGUUUGAGGAUGAACCACCUGUCCCUGAGUGAGCUGUGCUGUCUGUUCUGCUGCCCUCCAUGCCCCAGCAAGAUCACCUCCAAGCUGGCCUUCCUGCCCCCGGAGCCCACCUAUACCCUCAUGUGUGAUGAGAGCGGGAGCCGCUGGACCCUGCACCUGUCUGAGCGCGCAGACUGGCAAUACUCAGCGCGUGAGAAGGAUGCCAUCGAGUGCUUCAUGACGCGCACUUCACGCGGCAACCGCAUCGCGUGCAUGUUUGUGCGCUGCUCACCCAACGCCCGCUUCACACUCCUCUUCUCACACGGCAACGCGGUGGACCUGGGCCAGAUGAGCAGCUUCUACAUCGGCCUGGGCUCACGCAUCAACUGCAACGUCUUCUCCUACGACUACUCGGGCUACGGGGCCAGCUCGGGGAAACCCUCCGAGAAGAACCUGUACGCUGAUGUGGACGCCGCCUGGCAUGCACUCAGGACACGGUAUGGUAUUAGGCCAGAGACUGUGAUCGUGUAUGGUCAGAGUAUCGGUACGGUCCCUUCCGUGGACCUGGCGGCACGCUACGAGAGCGCCGCGGUCGUCCUGCACUCCCCACUCACCUCUGGCAUGAGAGUGGCCUUCCCAGACACCAAGAAAACCUACUGCUUUGACGCCUUCCCCAAUAUUGACAAGAUCUCCAAGGUGACUUCUCCAGUGCUGGUAAUUCACGGGACAGAGGAUGAGGUGAUCGACUUUUCCCACGGCCUGGCGCUGUACGAACGCUGCCAGAGGCCCGUGGAGCCCCUGUGGGUGGAGGGCGCCGGCCACAAUGAUGUGGAGCUCUACGGACAGUACCUGGAGCGCUUGAAACAGUUUGUGGCCCAUGAGCUCGUCAACUUGUCAACUUGACUUCACCCCUCAAUCACACACCUGCUGCAACUGUGAACUUCUGAAAUACCCACCCUUUUGUUUUUUAUUUUGUUUUAUCUUAUAAUUUGGAAUUGCACUGUGUGUAUGUGUGUGUGUGUGUGUGUGUUGGGGGAGUCGGACGGACGAUGGACAGAUAUGUGCUCAAGAGGAUUGUGUGUUUUGUGCAUAGAAGAGCAGUGGAUUUUGUGUGUGUGUGUGUCACACAUUUUCUGCCUUUCAGAAGAAUGCGGUCCUGGUCCAUUGUAAGGAUUUUUGAGCAUAUCUGAGAGGUUUGUGUGGAACAGCCAUGCUGGAUGGAAGACUGGACCGCAACUCAGCCCAGUCCAUCUUGACUAAGGAGCCAAGUCUGAUUCAAUGUAGUCAAUGUGGAUAUUUUGUUAUUGUGUAUUUGUUUCUAUUUUAAGUAUAUACAUUUUGCAUGUAUCACGUGACUGAGAACUGUACGAGACAAGUCUGACAUUUACGAUGGCAGUGCCAGUGUUGCCAAAAGUUCAGCAUAUUGAAGAAAAUGGCAUGCAACUAUAUUGUAUGUACAACACCCUAGAAAUAUCUCCAAAGUUGUAUAAGCUGUACAAAGUUUUUUUGUUAUUGUUAUUACUAUGUUGUUUUUCAUGUAUUCUUUCAGUAAGCUACUACGACUCCAUCGUAGUAUGAAGAACAAUGUUUUUUCAGACCAGUGACAUGCUGGAUAGUUCCAGUUAAAGAUAUAUAAUGUACAUGUAACAUUAAUAAUAAAGCUUAUUUACCAAUUCAGA